AUGAAUCCUGCAGAGGCCGAGUCCUCUCCGCGCCCAGUCCCAGUUCCCAUCCCCCGCAAGCGCACCCGCACAGGCUGUGUGAACUGCAGCCGGCGCCGUCGGAAAUGCGACGAGAUAAAACCGACUUGCUCGGGGUGUAAACGGCGAGGCGACCGCUGCCAGUGGCGGCAAGUCGGUGCUUUCCGCGAUGCCAAUAUCAAGGUGCUGGAGCCGGAGCAUCCGUCCAUGAACCAGGCUGUUAGUCGUCCGUCGCGGCGGCAUGGGAAGUUCAAGAUUUUGACUGUUGAACCGCCCCGUCGGAAGGACAAGAACGAUGACGGGCUGGAUCCGGACAAGGAGAAGACACCUGUUAGGGAUGUUGAUCCAGCUGCUUCACCUAGAGACCAGGUUGUAGCGCUCUCGCCAUCUCCGACUCCUGAUAUACCAAACCCUACUCGUAGGCAAGAUGAGGCCUUUGCCAGCCCGGACCGUAUGGUGGUCACGUCUCCAUCCAACUCUACGCAGUUCACAAACGACAUGAGCCGACCCUAUAUAUCCUCCCCAGAGUUCAUGGUCGACGAGCUCACUGCACUGCGCAACUUCAACUCCUACUCCGGCAUGACGCCGCCGCUCUUCGAUUCCAGCGUUUUCUCCGAUCUCGACAACCCAGCCAACGACGUCUUCCUGCCAGGUUCAGCGUACGAGGCCCUCCACACAGCCCUACGCAACCGACAGCUCUGGACAGCCCGGCCAGAUAUCCCCAGCCGACCGGGUUCACCUACGUCUGCUCCUGGCUCUGUCCCCGAUCGUCGACGGAGCGAGUCGCGGGCUCGAACUGGACGGUUCGAACUAUCGCCAGACAGGGAGAACAUCCUGUGGCAGAACUACCUGAAUGAGAUCUGUCUCUGGCUGGACAUGUUCGACAACCACCGCCACUUCGCCUCAACAUUCCCCCAGAUGUCCAAAUCGGCACCGCAUCUGCGCUACUCCAUCCUCGCCCUCUCAGCGCGGCAGAUGGAGCGCAAGCAGAACGAAAAGUCGCAGUCCGAGAGUCUGUCUCUGUACCAGGAGGCUAUCCACCUGCUUCUGCCGGAGCUGGAAAGCAAGACGACUCCUGUCAUUGCCUCUUGCGUGAUUCUCUGUGUACUGGAGAUGCUAAGCUGCAACCCCAAAGAAUGGCGCCGCCAUCUAGACGGCUGCGCAUAUCUCAUCCAAGCUGCCGAGAUCAACGGCUUCUCCGGUAAAGAGGAACAGGCUCUAUUCUGGUGUUUUGCGCGCAUGGACGUCUGCGGCGGCCUCAUCUCCGAAGAAGAAACCAUCAUCCCAAUCUACCACUGGAUCCCCAACGACAUGACCCCGACCGACGCAACGCGCCUCUUCCUCGCCUCCAACCACGACACAUACGCAAAUCACACCGUCUAUCUGUGCGCACAGACACUGGGCGUGCUCUUCCGGCGCGGACCAGGCCCGUUAUCUUCCUCUGCAAUUGCAUCGUAUUCGUACCCCGGCAGCCCCGACGAUAGCAGCGAGUCGUACGUGGGCCGCUGGAGCCGGCUGUUUGAGGCGGUUGAGCAGUGGUACGAGAACCGGCCGAGCCAGAUGAAGUCGGUGUUUAGUGUCUCGACGGCGGCGUCGAAGAGGCCGUUUCCGACGGUUUUGUAUGCGAAUGGGGCUGCCAUAUCCGGGAACCAGCUCUACCAUACCUGCGCUUUGUUACUGCUGCAGCGCAAACCGAAGACGCUUUCUCUUGCGCGACGACCGAAAUCCGUUCUCUGGCACGCGCGGCAAAUCUGCGCCAUCUCGGCCUCGAAUGCCCACCAUGGCUGCUGGACCAACGCACUGCAACCGCUCUGGAUCGCGGGGAAAGUCAUGUCGCAUCAUUCAGAGCACGCAGCGAUAGUGGAGACGCUGACGAGGAUCGAGCGCGAGACGGGCUGGGCGACGGCUUGGCGGGUUGAGGAUUUACGGGAGUUUUGGGGCGAUGAUGGGGACUGA